UUUCUUAUCAUACAUAAUAGUUUCAAGUUAGGAUAUUGGUGAGCCUAACAUAGGCUUAUUAGACAGUGAAAUACAUAAUUUGAGCUCAUUAUGGAGAUUAGCAAAAUUUAUUGCUACCCAACUAAAAAAUCAGCCAAACACAACUUCUACCCCAGCUUGAUUCAGUUAAUCUGUUGCCAUUCUCUAACUUAGAUUGCUCGAAUUUAUGACUGUCGAAGGCAGGAAUUAGUUUUUUCUUAUCCGGGGUUGAUGCAUUAGAGAAUUUAACUUGUGUAUUAUGUCUUCUUACUUCUUGUAUUCAUUUGGAACAGAGCAGUGGUUGUCUUGGAUGUCAAAUUUACCACAAACUCACUUCCUCGCUUGAAAAGCAUUUGAAAGGGAAGAAUCUCCAAGCUUCAAAAGCUGGCACAUCUGAGGAUUUCUUGACCACCAGCACUUUUGAGAUGGAAGACAAUAAAGUGGAAUCGCGAGGAAGCAUCUUCCAAAUUAGUAAAUUAACUCAGAUACAUGAUUCUCCUAGCGCUGGCUGUUCGAACAAUCCUUCUGAUUUCAUAAAUCAUGGUCUUCUUCUCUGGUACCAGAUUAGACAGAACUGGAUAGAGAACAAAAAGCCUUUGAAACAUUCGCAGCAACUGCGUGAACCCUGGAUACACCCUUUGUGUCACUGCAUUCCUAAAAAGUUUUGGCUUUGCAGUUGGAAUGCAACCUAUGAUAGUUUGCUUGGCAGUAACAAACGAUUCUCCAAGCCUGUUCCGCUUGGUGAAAUGGUGGAUUUUCUGGUUGACAUUUGGGAGCAAGAGGGAAUGUACGAUUGAGAAACCAUAAGCCGGAGAAUUUGCUCUAUCCAUUUGGGAU